CUGUACCACUCACUACACCUCAACUUCCCUCACUCAACUCCCAUCCCCCAAUUUCACUCUCACUUUCUUCAAAUUCUUGAUUACUACUCUCUCAUAUCCAUAUCUAUCUAUACAUAUAUAAGUUUUGCUUUUGCUUUCUUUCAUGGCGGUUUCCGGGUUCGAAGGGUUCGAAAAGAGGCUUGAGCUCACCUUCUCCGGCGACGAUCCGGCCUCCGGAAAGGGUCUCCGGAGACUUGACUUCUUCUCACUGGAGAAAGUAUUGCAUGCGGUGCAGUGCACCGUAGUGUCUGCCGUGGGGAACAGAUAUUUUGACUCUUACGUUUUAUCUGAGUCGAGCCUCUUUGUCUACCCCAACAAGAUCAUCAUCAAGACUUGUGGGACAACCCAGCUGCUCAAAUCUGUUCGCCCAUUGGUGGACCAUGCUAUCACCAUGGGCCUCACUCUUUGCGGGUGCAGGUACACCCGCGGCAGCUUCAUUUUCCCCCAGGCACAACCCUAUCCUCACACAAGCUUCAAAGACGAAGUCGUGUAUUUGGAAGAGAAUUUGCCAAAACAUCUUUCAUUCAAAAAGGCCUCCGUCAUGAACUCGAAAUCGUGUUACAAGUGGCACGUUUUCACUGCCAGCGAUGAGGAAGAUAUGCAUGCUGAUGCUGAUGCAGACGACUUGUACACGGUGGAGAUUUGCAUGACGGAGCUGGACCGGGUUUUGGCCAAGAAGUUCUUCCGCCGGUUCAAUGAUGGAAAAACCGGCGACUCCGCCGGGAAAGAGAUGACGGAGAUAACCGGAAUAAGGGACGUAAACCGCAAUGCCCUUAUUUGUGACUACGCUUUUGACCCUUGUGGAUAUUCAAUGAAUGGACUCGACGGAAACCGUUACUCGACGGUGCACGUGACGCCGGAGGACGGGUUUAGCUAUGCCAGCUUCGAGUGCGUCGGCUCAGUUUACGAUGAUAGAGAGGAGUUUUUCGGUGUCUUGCAAAAGGUGGUCAAGAUUUUCCGGCCGGCAGCAUUGUCCGUCUCAACCACGUGCCCCACCGGACACGAGAUAUGGAGAGGUGUGGCGAAGGCGAUCGAGCCGCUAGGGAUGCGGUUGAGGAGUCGGGCGGCGGAUGAGUUCCCGGCCACCGGGACCGUGGUUUCCCAAGCAUUCACGACUCGUCGGAAGUAGGUGGUGGGAGGAGCGGUGGUGGUGGACGUGCCUAGAUGUGCAAAAAAGUAAAAUGAGAAAAGUUUUAGGGUCUAGGUGGAAUUCUUUUGUUUUUGUUCUUGUUCUUUUGGGGGGGUAGGAAUUAUGGAUAUUGAUGAUGAUGCAUGCUAAUUGAAGUGAGAAUGGAUUGGAUGAUGAAAUGUGGGGUUGACUUUGUGUAGAAGAGAUAAAAAUGGGGCAAAAAUGAAGAUAUAUUAGAGAUGAGGGGAUGAUGUGAGAAUUAUUAUUAUUAAUAUUAUUGGAGAAUGGAGAUGGUGUUGGGUUCA